UCUCGUCAGUCUCAUAGUACACAAGGAACACAGUAUACUGGACCUUCAUCCAGGCCCCCGUUUGUACACUACGAGACGUGUGAGGGAAGACUUGAGGGCUCCCGCCUGGAGUAUCGCCAUCGAACCGAGGAUCCCCGGUCGUCUGCAGAGACCUAUGCCUCGACCGUGCUUUCAGAAGUCGACGACGAUGAGGAGGCUCUGUCUGACGAACUCCAUCCCUUGCCACGUCCUGAUGCACAUCAAAGCAGGGCAAUUCCAUCGACUCCAUCAGAUUUUGCCGAGUUAUUUCCAUCAGAACGCCUCCUGUCGAUAAGACAUGAUGACUCCACAUCUGAUGGCAACAUGAACCUUCGGAUUGACACAGUAUAUGAAAGUCCACGUUGCAAUCCCAUCGAUGUCACGUUGUUUCAUCUUCGCAUGCACGACCUGAAAACUAGACAGUUCUCCUUGAGGAGAUAUUGCAGAGAUUCUGGUCGGGAGGUCUGCCAUUCUUUGCGUAAGUGUCAGAAGAGCAGCACUGAGCGAAGGAUGGGUAUUCAGAGGUCUCUCAGCAACGCUUUUGCAUCUCUUCGUACGAUAGCGGAACACAAAAGUUCUGCGCCAACUGCCGGACUCAAGAGAUCAGAUUCUGGAUACGAGUCGCUCCAGUCGCACAGAAGUAUCGAGCUCAACAAGCAAGACGUCGCACCAAGCGGUCUUCUCGGUAGGGGACACGUGCCUAUUCCCACCAAAACCAUCAAGCUCGAGUUCUCGAACUAUGCACAGGUGGAAGUGAAGCGUCGAGGUGCCAAGAAUAGUAAGCGGUAUGAAUUUGAGUACUGGGGAGUUCAUUAUGUCUGGAAACGCAUCACAGAUCGAACUGGCUUUACCAAGGAAGUAUCAUUUUGUUUGUUCCGCAACAAUGAGGACCGCUCCCUCGCUCGGAUUCAGCCCACUCCUCUGAGCGGUGUGCAAAACCGCGAAGAGCUCUCCAAAGGAGGCUGGGUUCCGCCUUGCACCAUGGGCAUCACCGAUGAAGAGAUCCUCGAAAACCUCAACGGAAUCUCAGAUGUCGUGGUUGCCGCUGGUCUGAUAGCACUGGUGGACGACUGCAUCAAGCGUCGGUUUCAUACCAGACCAGUUCGUGGGCUUGUCAUUCCUAUCCCCAGACUUCGAUUAGACAUGGAGUACAUGGGU